CCGAAACCUUCGCAGGUUAGAGCUGUCUGACUGCCAUCACACAAGAAAGUACAGUAAUCAGGAGCCCGCUGAUUUGUAUGACGUACACGAGAGACUCACACUGUCUGGGCUGAUCAUCGGGAUCAUUCAAUGGAAGCGGACAAUGUGGAGUUUCUCAGAAGGAAAAUCAAAUAUUACUUCAUGAACCCUUGUGAAAAGUACCAUGCUCGUGGAAGGAAACCAUGGAAACUUAUUCUGCAGAUCAUCAAAAUUGCCAUUAUCACGGUCCAAUUGGUGUCGUUUGGGCUGAGCAACCAGAUGGUUGUAACUUUUAAGGAAGAAAACCUGAUGACAUUUCAGCACCUCUUCUUGAAGGAUUAUGUUGACGGGACCAUUGAAACAUACGCCAUUUAUAGACAAGAAGAUGUUUAUGAUCACAUCAAAUAUGUAAUCGAACAGUACGGACGUCUGCACAACACCACAGUCGGAAACCAUGAAUAUGAGAAAACUGGCUCUGUCUACACACCCUUGUCACUGUGUCAGGAGUUCUAUAGGAAUGGCACCAUUUACCCUGGCAACGACACUUUCGAAAUUGAUGCUCAUGUGGAAAGUGAUUGCAUUGACAUCUAUCCAAUGACUCAGUCGUCAUCACAAGACAUGCUCCCGCAUUUUGAGUUGCACUUUAAAAGAUUGCUCUCCAUCAAGAUUUCAUUUGUCCUCAAAGCCAUCAAUCUACAGACAGUCAGACACAGAGAGCUGCCAGACUGCUAUGACUUCAACAUCCUUAUCACUUUCAACAAUGGAGCGCACAGCGGCAGGAUAAAGGUGGACCUUGAAAACGAUGUGGAGAUCAAGGAAUGCAGAGACUGGAAAGUAACCGGAGCUUCCGCCAAAAGCAUAUACCUGACCGUGGUGUUUGACUGCAUCAUCAUCUUAACAUGCAUGAUUUCCUUCACUCUUUGCCUACGCUCAGUGUUCACUGGGAUACAACUUCAGUUUGAGUACACACUCUUCUGCAAGAACCAGAAUGGAAAAGACGUCCCGUGGUCUGACAGGCUGGAGUUCAUUAAUGGCUGGUACAUCCUGAUCAUUGCCAGUGACUUGUUAACCAUCACUGGCUCCAUUCUCAAGAUUGAUAUUCAAACUAAAGUCCUGACUACCUACGAUGUGUGCAGUAUCUUCCUUGGUCUUGGCACCAUGUUUGUUUGGAUCGGGGUCAUCCGCUACAUGGGCUACUUUCGCAAGUACAAUAUCCUCAUCCUGACACUCAGGGCAGCUUUCCCAAAUGUUAUCCGUUUCAUUUGCUGUGCUGGAAUCAUCUACCUGAGCUACUGCUUUUGUGGAUGGAUCGUCCUUGGCCCAUAUCACGAAAAGUUCAGGACCUUGAACACAGUCUCGGAGUGUCUAUUUUCCCUGAUCAAUGGAGAUGACAUGUUUCCCACAUUUAAAAACAUGAAACAGAAGAGCAACUUGAUUUGGAUUUUCAGCAGAGUCUACCUCUAUAGCUUUGUCUCGCUUUUCAUCUACAUGAUCCUCAGUCUAUUCAUCACUAUCAUCACAGACACCUAUGACACCAUCAAGCAACAACAGCAGACUGGGAGACCUAUGUCAGAACUCCAGCAAUUCCUAUCAGUGUGUGAAGACCCCCCAAAUUCUGGAGUAUACAGGCUUGACAAGAACAGCUGUUUCUUGCAAAGCUGCAUAAAAAAGUGCAGAGAGCGACAUGAGAGGUUGACGUCAGAUGAAUAGCGCAUCCACGUUACUGAAGCUUGAGUGUGGAAUUGCACUUUUUUUUGGUUUUAAGUCUGACAAUCAGUGGGAGAGAACAAUCGUUUUCAAAGUACAAAUGUAUUUGUUUUGUUUGCAUGAUGAAUGAAAGUGCACAGGAAAAUAAGAUAUGCUGUACAGGGAAGGGGCAGAACAGUGCUCGACUGGUAAGCACGUCGGCCUCACAGCGCAGAGGUGCAGAGUUCGAUUGCGGACUUCC